GUGUGUUUUUGUUUGAUACAAUCAAAGGAAGGGAAAGUUGAGUUAGAAGAGAAAGACGAUGUCAGGUCCGCAGUGCUGUUCAAACCCACCAACAUUGAACCCCAGAAGUGGAACUGGUCAUGUUGAGGAGCUUGCUGGCUUCAAGACUUAUGUCACUGGAUCUGUUGACUCCAAGCUUGCUGUUCUUCUUGUCUCUGAUGUUUUUGGAUAUGACGCUCCAAACCUGAGAAAACUUGCAGACAAGGUUGCAGCUGCUGGGUUCCAUGUGGUGGUUCCUGACUUCCUUUAUGGAGAUCCCUUUGUUGCUGAGAGGUCUGAUAGACCUCUAGCUGUUUGGUUAAAAGAUCAUGGACCGGAUAAAGGUUUUGAGGAUGCAAAGCUAGUAAUUGAUGCUUUGAAAAGUAAAGGGGUUUCAGCAAUUGGAGCUGCUGGCUUCUGUUGGGGUGCUAAAGUUGUGGUUGAACUGGCAAAGGAGGCCCUUAUCCAAGCAGCUGUGCUCUUACAUCCUUCAUUUGUGACCGUGGAUGAUUUCAAGAGUGUGAAGGUGCCCAUUGCAAUACUGGCAGCUGAGAUUGACCAGCUAUCUCCCCCAGCACUUGUGAAACAGUUUGAUGAGAUCUUAAAAGCUAAACCUGAGGUUGGCAGCUUUGUGAAGAUAUUUCCUAAAUGUGCUCAUGGAUGGACGGUGAGAUACAAUGUUAAUGACGCAACAGCUGUGUCGUGCGCUGAUGAAGCUCAUCAAGAUAUGCUGAAUUGGUUCACCAAGUAUGUUAAGUGAGCAACUUAUCAGAAGAUGGAAUUAAUGUGUAUUUACCGAGAACUCUGUUGCUGUUAGUGUUAAAUGGCUGAGAAUGUACCUUGGCUUUAAACUAUGCUAGUGUUCCCAAAGAAUAAGAGAGUGAAUUCUAAUGCAUUGUGCCUUAUUGCACGGAUGAGACAACAUUGUAGCACCUAGAAAACCUACAACAAUAUAUGCAUUGUUGUCUAUAUCGUGCCUUUUAGCCAAUGAAUUGAAAUUUCUGUUAUGUGGUUUGACA